AUGAACGUUCAAUUCAAGGAUCGGUCGUUGUGGAAGACUGGAAAAGAGGUGGCCGUGAGAUGCACGCGAACUCUGGCAAAUGGCAAGCAAAUGACCGCAAUUUUCGUCAAAAAUACCGGGAAAUUGUUCAGGAAUCUCGUUCGACGACGUCUUUUCGGUGUACACUGGCUACGUGCGUCGUGUGGUUCCGUCGGCGGUGGAGCAUCCGAUCGACGUGCUCGUCGCCUUCUUCCUCUUCCAUUUCUAUCUCGCCUACGUGAUCGUCUUCUCCGUUUCCCUCGCCGUUUUCAAACAUUUCAAGACGAAAGGCUCGGGGAUCGCUCCGAUCGGCGGUGCGUUGAGAGAGAAGGCCGGCCUGUGGCUCACCUACUUCUUUGUGCUCCAAUCCGUUUCGAAAAUGACCAUCGGAAUGCCGGCACUCGAUAAAGUGAUGGGAUGGGCGUUCCAGGUGAAGCCGGCCAUCAACUUCAAACCUCAGAUUGUAAGACAUUCAUUCAUCAUUUUGCGGGGCGCACGGCGACCAAAAACGUAGAAAAGGGCGUGGCCUAGCGUGCACGGUUUUGUCACCAUUUUGGCGCCAAAUUCGAAAUUUAGCCCCAUUUUUUUCAUGUUUUUCGUUAAAAAUUACCCAAAUUUUGUCCGAAUUCGACAAUUUAAUUGCAUAACUUUGUAAAACUAAUCAUCGCGCACACUUUUUGAGCUUAAAACGAGCAGGUUUCAUAGCAGAAAUAAAUCAAUUGAUGCGAUUUUCAAGUUUUGUGCUGAAAAUGCGCGAAUUUCACUCAUUCGCCGAUAUUUUUUGCCGUUUGAACGCUUAAAAUACUUGUAUUAACGUGCUUAAUCACUUCCGACACUCACUUCGUCUCAAAACUAUCCACAUCGGCCGGUAUGAAAAUUCCGAAAUUGCGGCGGCGAUUGGCCGCGGAGAGCGUAUUGCGAAAUAUGCCAAAAACGUCUCAAACGCGGCGUUUUCACGAAAAUUUCGAUGUUUUCUCUCGUUAAUGUCUUCUUUCGUCAAUAUCAACACACAAAAAUGGCGGAAAAGUGCUGGAAUUGCAGCAAUUUUCAGAAAACGCGUCUCAGAUUAGGCCACGCCCCCCUUUCUACACUUUUCGUCGCCGUGGCGGGCGAACAAUCACACGUUUGUUGCAGAAAAUCGGAAAAAGCAAGUCGAACGAGAGUGUGAUAUCGGUGAAGAGCAAGAUGAACACGACGAUGCACGUGGGCUUCGAGUCGGACGACGAGGGCACGCGGAAAUCGAUGAAAAAAUUGAAGAAUGUGAAGAGAGGCGUGGAAUUUGCGACGGAAAUGGCCGAAGCGCUCGUCGGGUGCGCCUUUUUUUGCAUUGUUUCAACACAUCGAAACGUAAUGUUUUCCAGACAGGAAAGCAGUGGCGGCGAAGAAGAUUGGAUUGACGCCGGCAGCUCGUCAUUGUUGCUCCAAGAGCCCGAGUUGGAGGCGACGAGCGCCGUGCAAAAGUGGCUGGAGGGAACGGAUUCGAGUUCGGACGAUAUUAAGCGACAUUUGAUAAAGUUGGUCGCCGAGAACGAGCACCUGCGACGCAAAUCUUUCAUGCAUCGGACUGAGGAGGGAAGCGACGCUUGA